UUCACUGUGCUCUUCUUCCCUGCAGAUGCCUUACCUGCUCCUGAACCCGUCCAUGACAGAGAUGAGGCCUCGAAUGUACCCUGUGUUUUUUGGAGAAAGCAUUGAGGUCAGCCCUGAGCCCAUGCAGGAAAUUAGGUGCAACUCUGAGGUGAAGUAUGACUCCGAGAAGCAUUACCGGGAUGACAUCUUCUACAGCCCCAUCCCCACCGUCACCACCUACAGCGAGACGGUCAUCGCCGCCCCCAAUUGCACCUGGCGGAACUACAAGUCCCAGCUGAUUUUCGAGCCCCGCCAAAAGCCGCUGAGGUUCCAGAGUACGACCAUCAUUUUUCCUAAGCGUGCCAAGAACAUUUACCGGACCACCCUCAACUACAGCUUGGGCUGUGCCAAACGCUGGUUUGCUUCCAGUGUGCAGCUGGAACUCUGCGAGGAAACCAGCCCCUGCGUCAUCUACAGUGAGACCCUCUGAUCCACCAGGCUGCUGGCGACCUUGUGACCUCAAGAAGACUGUGGCCUUUGCUGGGUCUCUGGCUGGGCCCUCAUUGAUGGCAACUGAAUAUUAGUGGCAGGAGAAUGUGUCAUCUUGGGUGAGGCUGAACUGCCUGGGAGGAGGCUUGCAGGGCACAGGAUGGUUUUGAUCAGUGAAAGGCUGGCCUGCGUUUUGCAAUAUUCCUGACAUUUGCGAUCUGUUUUUUAUUUUUGGUUUUUUUUUUUCUGAGCGUAUCUAUUUUUGAUUUGUAUUUAGAUGAAAUCAAGAUGACGAAGGACCCUAUUACCCCACAGCAGAAUGCUGCUUUGUGAGCUCUGUAGGUCUCCUCUAGCACGUAGGUAAGACCUACUGUGGCCUUUAGAGCUGAUUUGAUCUCUGCAAAGAGAAGACCAGCUGCAGAGUCACUGUCCAGCCUCCCCAGCAACCACCCAGCCAAAUCUUUCAGAGUUCAAAUGCAGGGGAGGCAGCUGUUUGUAUCAAUACGUUCCAUGCCGCUCCAACAGCUCAUCUGGAAGGUAGCUGCAAUAUUACACCGCUGCAGUAAUCUCCAGCCUCCCUUAAUGACAGGAAUGGGGACUGUCACCGAGAAAAAGAGAAGGAAAAUCGCACACAGUGUUCUUGCUAGCAGCUAGAUGUUUGUGUACCAUAGCAAGACACUACAACAGGAGUAUCUAGAGGAAAUUUGUGGUUUACAGAGGUCCUUCCCUUUGGGAAAUAGCCCAAAUAGAGAGCUCAGCUCCAGAGAGGAAAACAACCCAGGAAGUACAGGACUGUACGGAAAGAUGAGAACACCGCCUCCAUGCCACAGGAGGAGAUGUCCUGCACAGACUGAUUACUAGCUGUUUGCAUUUCCCUCUACAGGUAACAGCCUUCUACCAGCCUUGGCUGUGAGAUGAGCCAAGGAAGUUGUGUGAAUAGUCAGAGCCAAGGAAGUUAUGUGAGUAGUCAUGACCUUAUCUGUCACUAGUCCCACAGAUUACCUGAAAUGUGCCACAGUGGGACUGCAGCGUGCAGGAAUGUCACCCAGGUGCCAGCAACGCUCUCCUGCCAGUCUGUGUGCGUGACAAAGAAAGGCCUACCCACAACCACAGCCACCUCUUCUGUGAACCAAGCCUAGCAAAGAGUUUGCCAGGGAGACUAAGGAAACAGGAUAGCUGUGCAGCUCUUUUCUAAAAGUGUCCAAGCAAUUUAGGAGCCCAAUGCCCUUUUUUUUGAAAGUAAUGUCAGCCCAGGCAUGCCAUUCUGUUUGUUUUAUCUAGCAUCCAGUCUGCAGGGCUCUUGAGGCAUCUGCAAAACUUUUGAGUUUCAGGGUAUGGCUGCAUUGCAGAGGAGUGUAGUACAGGGAGAUGCUAGCUAGCUUUAAAGAAGCCAGUGUAGAGCUAGCCCAUGAGCAGCAUUGCUCACCCCUACUCAAUAGUUUCCAUACCUGUGACAUGGACAACUUAGCUGACUGUGGGGGAGCAUCCAAACUGUCUCGCAUAGAGUCUGCGUUAUUGAAGAGCCCAAAUCUUUGCUGAAUUUCCUUCAUCACCCAGGCUGUAACAAUUCAACAGGUACUUCAUGAACAGCUGAGUCGUCCCUGCAACGGGAUUAGGAAACUUAGAGAGAGCAGGAGCCACUACAGGCAUCCUAAGGUAAACCAUUCCCCAGUCAUGAAUCACAUCUCCUGGCAUCUCUGCGUCUUGGUAGCACACUGAAAAGUCGCAGAGCUUGGGUUCCUACAAACAUAUAACCUUUGAAAAAUGGCAUGGAAUUGUCUCCAAAAAAAUCUUACCGGUAAUUUUUGCAUGCUUCUCAUAAGAACCCAGACUUAGAAAAUAGCUACACAGCUCUGGAAAUGAAUUUCCAGCUUUCCCUCUUCUAAACUUUCCACUCUGUUUCUGACUUGCUGCGCGUCUGAUUGAGUUAUUUCAAAACACAGCCAAGCAGCCAAGUCAGAAAACCUAUUAACUAUGUCAACAAGACAUAGCUGAUUGCCCAGAACAGUUGACGCACAAACCCACAGAGAUUAAAAAACGAUCUGACCAACUUAAAACAAAAAUAUAUUUUCAAUAGUGACUUAUAAAGAACCUUUUUUUUUCAUCAGUUUCAAAAGGCAAUUGGUAGAUGUGCUCAGAACUGUGACCUUUAUGAAACAGAGCUCUCUUGUUUAAAAUGAAGCACCGUUUUUCUACCAGAGGUAACUAUAAGGUCUUUAUAUACAUAAGUAAAUCCUAACAGUUGAAGCAUCAUUGGUAGUGAGAGAGAUGUUGCGCACUAAGUCAGCGAUGAACGCUGUAUCUUCAUCUGGGAGUUAGAUCCUGGUAGCGAGAAAUCUCUCAAAAGAUUUCCAAGGCUUCCACUGACCAUAGAAUUCUUUUAAGCGACACAGAAAUGCAGAUUAUACGUGUUAUUGGUCAAGUUUUGCUGUCACUUACCAGCAGUAUCUGCCUGGAAAAGCACCAUCUGCCUCAAAAGAGGGGGUCAUUCAGCCUGCAACAGCCCUUCUCUCCAGAGCUCCAGCGAACACAGGCGCUGCACAGUUAGCUUAGACGAACGAGACUGAGUCUAGCUAUUCAGGGCAGCUGAAGCUUGGGUGAACAUGGUCCCAGUGCAAUGCAGAUUGGUGACACACUUGCAGGUCAUCUUGCUGCUUAUCCCUUAUUUCCCAGUACUGAUGAGCAAGCCACAUCACGGUGUUGUCCUUGUGACCUGAGGAAGCCCCUGUCUGCCUUCCUGGGUCCGUUGCACAGCUCCUGGAGUGCUCUGCCCCCAUCUUCAUGAGUGUCCAUAGCAGAGGGGCAGGUUUCCAGGCUGAGUGACACUGUAACUCAGGUUUGAAAGCAGCUCAGAGCCAGGCAAAAAUGGUUUGGCUGCAGAAAGGAAAGUCUGUCAGGACACUACUCAUACCCAAGAGACCCUUGCAGCGAUGACAGAUUAGAUUGCAGGCACCUCCACUGAGCAAGUGUAGGGAUGGACUGGCCAUGGGACAGCACUACUGCUUCUGAGUUGCAUGGAUGCCUAAUACUGACCAGACAUCAGGUUUUCUUUUUAUUAACAGUUGAAUUAUUCCCCUACUCAAAGCACAAAGAUAGGGGGUUUUUUGGGUCAAGACAGGCUUGCCCAAGAAGAGCUCUAGCUGAGCCCGGGCCUGUUUCCCUUUGGUUCAAGGAGAGAAAUCUACCAGCUAUAUGGGCUUUCCCAAACAGAUCAGUCCCUCACAGACAUCCCUGCCAUGUAUUUAUUUUGUGUAACAGGCGUGGCUUCAGCAUUUCCCAUCAAGUUCUUGCUGCCCUGGCACGAUGAAGCUUAAGCAGAUUUUCUUGUUUUGCCAUGUCAGGUAAACAAAGCCAGCCUGCAGCUUGGGGUUCUGGGCUGCUGAACAUCCUUUAAACCAUGUAGCUAUGGACAGGCUGUGGUGAGCUACCAGCCUGGGCCAUAUCCAAACUGUGACAUUGUUAAGUGCCUGAAAUCUAUAGGAGUUUUUAAAAUAUAGCUUCUAAAACAAUGUCUCCCUUGGGCCCAUCACAAGCUGCUUUUCUUCUCUGUGAAAGCUGGCAUUGGAAAGGGACUUUGCUCUCAAACAUGGGCCCCGUCACAGUGCAAGGCUGACAGAGCCGGCACUGUGGAGUUGUCCCCCCACAGCACAAUCGCAGUUUACCACCGGUCCAAGAUCUGGAAGUGAUUACAAAUAACUCGGUCAAAACGAUGGAUUUGAUGCUUGGCCUAGUAAGAAGCAGCCAUGUCUUAUACCUGCAGCCCCACACCUCCAUCCUCCCGCUGUCCCCAUUGCUCCUGUCCCCAUGACCAGGUUAGGCAGCGUUAGAAGAGUCACAGUUCAUCUUGCUCACGAUUGGGAAAGGUGAUGAUUUUCGUGCCUUGCUGAAAGACCAGAAAUUGAAUUGUGUUGCCAAUUAGGAUCACUCCCAGCAGCCAAGAGGUGCCUUGUUUGUGGUAUGUUUUGUAUAUCUAAAGGGAACAAUUUGUCCCCCUAGAGGGGUGUUUUUCUUUUAAUGGAACAUUUUUCAUCUCAAACAACAGUUCUUCAUUCACGUAUACUUUCUCAAAGAUACAAAUGAUAAAUCUAGAACACAGGAAUGCUGCUUAGGAAGAUGAGUUUCCUUGAACAGCUGGGAACAGUGACUACACAGUUUCUCUUUAGGAUCCUAAGGUGCUUGUUUUCAAUAGUCCUACGAGCCUGAUAGGGGAAGUCAGACUCUGCCUGUAGGAAUUAUUUUUCCUUCAAUAGUUAUUUUUCUGAAACGAGAACAUGUCACAGAAGCCUUCUGGUUGUUGUUGCUGUUUUAUAAUACGCUGUCUUUUUCAUCAAAACAGUGUAUUUUGGAAGGUCUUUCUCUCAGAGGUAAGGGUUUUGCCCUUCUUCCCCUUUGUUUCUGUUUUGCCACUGAAUACAACAGAACAUGCGUGUGUCUGGUCUGCCUUUGCCUUUUCUUAUUCCUUGUUGACAGGUGGAACAGGCCUGUAUUGCUUGUCAUUGCAUUUGGAGCAAAAAGGGGAACUCUGACUAAAUAUUGACCUUUCAGAAUCCGAGAAAUACUUUGCACAGGCCGUAGAGACCAACUUUGACCAAAUUUCUUUCUUCCCCCCCCCCC